AUUUAUAACACAUUGAUGUCGUUGGACGUUGUUUUAGGGUUACCUCAAAUCCACCUUUUAAUUAAUUAUACUUUAACUACACGCUGACAAAUUCUAGCAUCCAAUGAUAAGAAUAUAAUGUUUUCGCCGGGUUUAAUAAAACUAUAGUUAUUUCACAGGUUUGACCAUUUUAAUAUUUGACCGCAGUUUAACCGUUAGAAUUGCUCCCUCUAGUGGACAGCGUAGGUCAGGACACAGCGGUUUCCUCAGGACAACAUCAUCCACCUCCUCCUCUUCUUCUUAACCCGAGGAACUGUGUCUCUGAUGUUCCCACGUUUGUCAACUUUAACGUGACUGUUCUUUAGACAUGGACAUCAUUCAUAGAAACGGCAUUUGGAUGGCGGAAACUCUCCAGCAGGGGACGAAGAGUUAUGAAAACUUCUGGCUUGUCUUGUCACAUCUGGGAGAUCCAAAAGCUGCAUUUCUUCUUGUCUUUCCUUUCACGUAUUUCAUCAGCAAACGAGUGGGCAUUGCGGUGGUUUGGGUGGCAGCUAUUUCCGAGUGGCUCAACGUGGUGUUCAAAUGGAUGCUGUUUGGAGAACGCCCAUUUUGGUGGAUCGGUGAAAACGAGCUCAUAACCAAAGUGCACCAGUUUCCCUCCACCUGUGAGACUGGGCCAGGUAGCCCAUCAGGUCAUGCAAUGAUCACUGCUGCCGUCUGGUGGGUUGUGAUUACUGCAGUGAGCAAGUUCAUUUACGCGAAGACCAACAGUGUUGUACUCACAUCUGUCCCGUACCUGCUCUAUGCCGCUUUGCUCGUUGUCGUUGGACUCUCCAGGAUUUACAUUCUGGCUCAUUUUCCUCAUCAGGUUUUCGCUGGAGCCUUUACAGGCGUGAUCCUUGGAGUUGUUCUGGGUAAAACCAUUCCUGAAGGGCGCCCCCUGCUGUUUUUCUUCAAAAUGAGCUUUGGUCUUCUGAUAAGUGCCGUCCUGAUUAAUCUUGCACUGCAGGAGAUAGGAAUUAACCUCUCUUGGUCUAUUGCUCUGGCUAAGAAGUGGUGUAGUCGCCCAGAGUGGAUCAGACUGGACACCGCCCCCUUCUCGUCUAUAACCCGGGACUGUGGGGCUCUGCUGGGCUUGGGACUGGCACAAAGCUGGAGGCCAGCGGGGUUUUCUAUGCCUUUAGCCCCCCGAGCUUUGUCCUUGGCCUUCUCCUCUAUGGGGUUGUACCAUGUUCACCGCCUGCCCCUGCCCGUCAAACCACAGCUCCUCUUCUAUAGUCUUUUCUUUGUUAAGUUUGUGAUUGUGCCUCCACUGGUCAUGGUACUAGUGCCUGGAGCAGUCCACUUUUUCACAAACAAAAGAAAGAGAGAUUAGAUGCAAAAAAAAACAACAACUAAAAAGCAUUGUACUGGUUCUUAUUGGUACUCGUUUUUUAAGUUGAUAUAAUUUCAAUACUACAGUUGUUUGUGUUUACACUGAUUUUCAGUUCAGGGUUCAUUUUGUUAGAAUUCAUUCCAUGUGCUGCCUGCAAUCAGUGAGAAUACAUUGUGAGAUGUUUACUUUCCUCAGUGAAUGUUAUGUGUUUUAAAUCAAGUAUUUUUGCACUACUCAGUGUCUUUAGAUACAGUUAGAGCUGAAAAUUAUAUGCUUUUCCAAUAUUGUGACGUGACUGUGAAAACAGCGCCAUCUAUUGUUUGUCAACCCACAGCUCAACGGUUGCACUUUAUACAAAACACUGUAACAGCAUUCCAUGAUUUAAGAAUGAUUUUAAAGAUUAAUGCUGAGCGAGUGGAUCAUAUUUGUGUUCAAAAUCCUAUUUUACCAAAUGUGUUCGAAUGAAAUAUAAAGCCUGUAUUUUGUUACUUAAUAAAUUAAUAAAACGCA